AGGGCCAGCUGGAAGGUCCGGACAGGGCAGCGCCCCAAAGGAGGCCAUCGAGAGCACAAGCAGCCGGGGAGCCGGGAGCAGGGAGGGACUACGAGAGGACGCUGGCAUUCGGGCUCCGGGAGCCCGCAUCAUGAGGCCGCUCUUCGCCCUGCUGCUUCUGGGCCUGGCAUCCGGCUCGGCCCCACUGGAUGACAACAAGAUCCCCAGCCUGUGCCCGGGGCAUCCCGGCCUUCCAGGCACACCAGGCCACCACGGCAGCCAGGGCCUGCCGGGACGCGAUGGCCGCGACGGCCGCGACGGCGCGCCUGGUGCUCCAGGCGAGAAGGGCGAGGGCGGGAGCCCAGGACUGCCGGGGCCGCGCGGGGAGCCCGGGCCGCGAGGAGAGGCGGGCCCCGUGGGGGCGGCCGGGCCUGCCGGGGAGUGCUCGGUGCCGCCGCGCUCCGCCUUCAGCGCCAAGCGCUCCGAGAGCCGGGUGCCACCGCCGACCGACAGGCCCCUGCCCUUCGACCGCGUGCUGGUGAACGAGCAGGGACAUUACGACGCCGCCACCGGCAAGUUCACCUGCCAGGUGCCCGGGCUCUACUACUUCGCCGUCCACGCCACGGUCUACCGGGCCAGCCUGCAGUUCGAUCUGGUCAAGAACGGCGAAUCCAUCGCCUCUUUCUUCCAGUUUUUCGGGGGGUGGCCAAAGCCAGCCUCACUCUCAGGAGGCACCAUGGUGAGACUGGAGCCCGAGGACCAGGUGUGGGUGCAAGUGGGCGUGGGUGAUUACAUUGGCAUCUAUGCGAGCGUCAAGACAGACAGCACCUUCUCUGGGUUUCUUGUCUACUCCGACUGGCACAGCUCUCCCGUCUUCGCUUAGCGCUCCGGCUCCUAGCACAGGGCCCAACACGGACCCCACAUCCGGGAGGGCUGGCCCCCCUGGAAUAUUGUGAGGGACUGGGGAAGGGCAGUAGGGGGUCCCUCGGUCCCGCAAGCAGCAUGGGGCUGUAUUUCUGCCCAAGACAGGAGCCUGCUGUGCUGGCCAGUGUGGGUACCCGGCCACUCAGGUCCAGGACUCCCAGGGGGUGCUCUCCCCCGGGUCCUCCCCUUCCUCUUCCACCCUUCCUGCUCCCAGGGCCGGCCCUUCACUCAGAGAUCACUCAAUAAAUCUAAAAAACCCUG